UUAUCGCUAGUCAGAACUUGGGAGUUUUGGUUGUGUCCCCCGGCGGCAGAACUAGUGCACCUACAGGGAGGGUGACAGAACUUGGCAGAACUCCAAGGUAUCCAAGACUCGCGGAGAUGAUCUGAUAAUGCAGUUUGAAUUCAGUAGUAGAACCAUCGUCCCUAAAGUAAGAUACAACCGACCACGGUCAGGACCCCAAGUGGUUCUGCUCUUACCUUAUCUUAUCUUACUUGACUCAUGGCGUCGAAAGCAAGGACAGUGGACAUCAACGAGGAUGUCACAAAGGCCCUCAGAAAAUUUAGGUUCCAGCGUAGGAGCCAGGGACACGCAGCAAUCGUUAUCAAGAUCGAUAAGGCUGCUCUCAAGAUGGUCGUAGACGAGGAGUAUGACGAUAUUUCGAUCGAAGACCUUGUCGAGGAGCUGCCCCGAAACUCUCCCAGAUAUGUCGUGUUGUCAUAUGAACUCAAACACCGCGAUGGCAGGAUAUCAUUCCCACUAGUGCUUAUCAACUGGGCUCCAUCAUCAUCCGAGACAACCAUGAUGACAUUGCAUGCUAGCGCCCUCCUUGACUUUCAAAGAGUCGCAGAAGCAAACAAGACCAUCGAAGUUCGGGAUGUGGAAGAAGGACUCACUAAAGAAAUCGUCGACGAGAAACUUCUAUCUUAACCUCUGAGACUUGUAUCCGCGCCCGCAGUACAACAGGUCGAACAUACCGCCGACAUUACACUUUUACAUACCAUAAUCUAUCGCUGUGUACAGUUAUUCCGGAACGUUCAUUGACUUGAUAU